AGACAAGAAGAAACCCAUCUGCUUCCCUGGGAGCAAUGAACUAGUUCAGUGGAACAUGCCCAUGGGCUCUUACCAGUCUUUUGUGUUGCAAAGGAAGGUGGAAGUAAAAUUAACUUUGGCUAAGGCUGAUCUUUCUCAUUUGCAUAUCUGAUGGAGACCCACUCAUGUUUGUACAUGAAGAACAAAAAACAUCUACCAGCCAGAUUCUUAAGAGCACUUCAUGUUGGAAGAAAUUCCUUCCUGACUUCUUUGUGGACUGACUGAAGCUCUGAAUCGUGAAGUUUGGCUGUGACAGUUGUCUUCAGGUGAUGUUGGGGCCAAGGCAGAACUUCCUUCCCCUCUGUGGCCAAUGAAAGGAGGCAGUGAGAAGGACUCUGAGGCUGGUGAAUUGAAAGUUCCCAAGGAAACACCAUUGUUGCCCAGCUCAAGCCAAUAUUCUCUGAGGUGGUAGAAUUUCUGGUGGAAGCAGUAUAACAGUAUUAAAAUGGUGUAAACCAGGAUUUUGGAGAGUCACUCUGGAUCAUGAACCAAAAGCUGUGGAAAUGGACGAUGAAGAGGAAGAGGAAGGAGAACAGUUUGACUUUGACAGUGGUGAUGAGAUACCAGAAGCAGACAGGCAAGCCCUUGCACCUCCCCAUCCUGGUCCUGGAAGUAACAUAGAGCACCAAGAAGCCAAUGCCACAGGGGAUGAUAAUUCAGAAAGCAGUGAGAAGCUACAAACAUCAGGACCUACAGUGGAAGGCCCUCCAGCUAAAGUAAAUCCCUACUCUGUCAUAAAUAUUUCACCCAUCCAAGACAAGGAUCCACCCUCAUCACCGGAGCCAAGUCCUCAAGAUGAAUGUGCCAGUCCCAGCUUGUCUGGUGGAUAUUCUGUUCCUGUCCCCUGUGGCUAUGCUGUACCAUCGAAUUUACCUCUGAUGCUACCGGCAUACUCCAGUCCUGUCAUCAUACGCAGCAUUUCUGUAGAUGAAGAAGGUGUGCAGGCAGCAGCUGAAGAAUGCCAUUAUAAUUCUGUAAACUCAGUGGAGGCUCAGAACAGUGAAAGUAAUCAGGCCAAGAGAGAAGAUGAUGUUCUGGCCAAGUGGGUUGCAGAUCCUGCAAAUACAGCAUGGAUGGAAAACCCAGAUGAAGUAAUUUACGAUGAUGUGCCAAAAGAAAAUUCAGACUCUGAACCAGAGGAAAUGAUUUAUGAUGAUGUUGAAAAUGGUGAUGAUGGUGGAAACAGCUCACUGGAAUAUGGGUGGAGUUCAAGUGAGUUUGAAAGCUAUGAAGAACAGAGUGAUUCUGAGUGUAAAAAUGGAAUUCCCAGCUCUUUUUUGCGAGGCAACCACAAGAGACAUCUUUCUCAUGACCUAACGCGCUUAAAGGAGCAUUAUGAGAGAAAGAUGAAAGAGUUGAUGGCAAACACUGUGGGAGCAGUAGAGAUUCAGCAACUAAAGCAAAAACAUGAGCUGAAGAUGCAAAAGCUUAUGAGAGCUGCUAGAGAAGGUACCAAAGAUGGGCUUGAAAAGACAAAAGCAGCUGUGAAAAAGGGUCGUUCUUUCAUUAGAACAAAAUCUUUUGUUUCUCAAGACCAUAGAUCAUCAUGCCUGGAAAAAGAGGACCUAAAUUUAUUUAUUGAUGUGGACUGUAUGCAUACAGAAGCAAUUAUGACUCCUAUGCCUGAAGGAUUAUCACAGCAACAGGUUGUGAGAAGGUAUAUUUUGGGCUCUGUAGUGGACAGUGAGAAGAAUUACGUGGAUGCUCUCAAAAGAAUCCUGGAGGAAUAUGAGAAGCCUCUUUCAGAUAUGGAACCAAAAUUACUGAGUGAAAGAAAGCUCAAAAUGGUCUUUUAUCGAAUUAAGGAAAUUCUUCAGUGCCAUUCAAUGUUUCAGAUAGCACUGGCAAGUCGUGUAUCUGAGUGGGACUCUGUGGAAAUGAUUGGUGAUGUCUUCGUUGCUUCAUUUUCUAAAUCUAUGGUUUUGGAUGCAUACAGUGAAUAUGUGAACAACUUCAGUACAGCAGUAGGCAUUCUCAAGAAAACAUGUGCCACCAAACCUGCCUUUUUAGACUUCUUAAAGCAGUGCCAGGAGUCAAGCCCUGAUCGAAUUACACUGUAUAGUUUAAUGAUGAAGCCUAUCCAGCGCUUUCCACAGUUCAUUCUACUGUUGCAGGAUAUGUUGAAGAACACUAAUAAAGGACAUCCUGACAGAUUACCUCUGCAGAUGGCUCUUACAGAACUCGAAACGCUGGCAGAGAAGUUAAAUGAAAGGAAAAGGGAUGCAGAUCAACGCUGUGAAAUAAAGCAGAUAGCAAAAGCAAUGAAUGAACGUUACCUGAACAAGCUUCUCAACAGUGGAAACAGACACCUCAUACGGACUGAUGAUAUGCUGGAGACAGUUUACAGUGACAAAGGAGAAAUUCUCAAAACCAAGGAGCGGCGGCUUUUCAUGUUAAAUGAUGUGCUGAUGUGUGCAACAGUCAAUGUUCGCUCUUCCUAUGAAAGCAGUGGUACAGUGACAACUGGCCAGAGGUAUUUGUUGAAGUGGAGCAUACCGCUGGAAAAAGUGGAAGUCAUAGAGUACAGCAGCAGUGAGGGCCAAGGAGACAACUGCAGGUUUCCACCCCAGCACUCUGCUGAAAACGUCGUCAUUAACUCUAAGCCAAACAAGCUCUAUAUGGGACCAGGGCAACUGUACCAUGAUCUGCAGUACCUUUUACAUGACUUGAGUGUAGUUGGCCAAAUUGGUCAAUUAAUAGGCAGCCUUAAAGGAAACUAUCAGAACUUAAACCAAUCUGUAGCAGAUGACUGGACCUCAGCUUUAAAAAAACUGAUUUUGAAGAAAGAAGAUGAAAUCAGAGCAGCAGAUCGAUGCAGAAUUCAGCUGCAACUCUCAGGCAAACAGGACAAGUCUGGGCGGCCUACUUUCUUUACAGCUGUGUUCAAUACCUUUACCCCUGCCAUCAAACAGUCUUGGAUCAACAAUUUACAGAUGGCUAAACUAGCCCUUGCAGAGGAUAACUUGUUAGGUUGGUUCUGUGUAGAAGAUGAUGGGAAUCAAAUCAAAAAAGAGAAACAUCCUCUGCUUGUUAGACACAUGCCAGUUAUGAUGGCCAAGCAGCAGGAGUUUAAGAUUGAAUGUGCUGCUUAUAAUCCUGAACUGUACCUCUCUGGAGAAAAGGCGCCAGAUUCCUGUGCCAUGGAACAUGGUUUUCUUUGGAUUGGCAGCUGUACUAAUCAGAUGGGCCAGAUUGCAAUAGUCUCAUUUCAGUACUCCAGUCCCAAGGUUAUUGAGUGCUUCAAUGUGGAGUCACGGAUUCUCUGCAUGGUCUACAUACCAGAGGAGGAGAAACUCCAAGAGCAAAACAAGGCUGUCGACUCUGAAAAUGUUCUUGCAAAAGCAUCUAAUGUGCCUACUAUUUGCCUUGGCACGGAAGAAGGAAGCAUUUCUAUUUACAAAAGUUGCCAAGGCUCAAAGAAAAUUCGACUUCAGCACUUCUUCACUCCUGAAAAAUCAACUGUAAUGAGCUUAACAUGUAUGUCUCAAUACUUGUUUGCUGGCUUGGUUAAUGGAAACAUCUCAAUCUACACAAAAGCAGAAGAUGGGACAUGGAACACAGAACCUCAGAAGAUAGUUAAACUGGGUGUUCUGCCUGUUAGAAGUCUGCUUGUGAUGGAGGAGACCAUUUGGGCUGCAUGUGGUGGACAAGUCUUUAUAAUCAGCACUGUGACACAUUCCAUAGAGAGCCAUUUUGAAGCCCAUCAAGAGGAAGGGAUGGUAAUCUCUCACAUGGCUGUUGCUGGAGUGGGAAUUUGGAUUGCCUUCACGUCUGGAUCUACUCUUCACCUGUUCCACACUGAGACACUGAAACACCUCCAGGAUAUUAACGUUGCCACACCUGUUCACAAUAUGCUAUCAGGGCAGCAGCGUGUUUCUGUGACCAGCCUCCUGGUGUGCCAUGGUUUAUUGCUGGUUGGGACAAACCUAGGUAUAAUAGUAGCACUACCAGUGCCACGCUUGCAGGGCAUUCCCAAAGUCACUGGAAGAGGAAUAGUGUCGUACCAUGCACACAAUGGCCCAGUCAAGUUUCUUGUAGCAGCUGCAUCUGUAAGCAAGAAAAACAGAAACAGACUGAGGAACAGCCUGCCUCGUGGCUCAGAACCUAAAGACGAUGACCAGAAGAACAUUCAGCACAGUGAAGGACCAGGCUCUUCCCUUGGCAAUUCUCAUGACACUGCAAUUUGGCUGGGGGGCUCAGGAGGAUCCACUGCACAAAAACGUGACUUGACAUCAUCUUGUGGAUACCUUUCUUUGUCUCAUGGAUCAGAUUCCCUAGAACAUAGGCCAGAGGACAGUAAUAUUUAUGAGCUUCUGAAGGAUCAGCAUAUCUCAUUUAAAAGUAAAAGACAGAGAUCCAAGAAAAGUAAAGCAAGUUCAGUAUUAGUCAUUUCUGGUGGGCAAGGACACAGAAAAGUGAACAAGAAGACCAAGCAGCAGCGACAGGAUGAACUGGUGUCUUCAGUGAUGGUCUGGCAAAUCCCACUAUUAAACACCUAACCGAAGUAAAUCCAAGACAUGGUUUAGCUAUUAAAGGAAGUCUAAUAUCCUUUUGCAGCAAAUGCCAGCUUAGGACCCGAUGGAUAGAUCUUAGAGCCCUGAGAGCAAUUUCAGUAGGCUGUGAUCACGGGAUUAAGGGUUGCAAGAUGGUGUUCACAUACUUGGAGCAUUCUGCAGCAUGGAAAAUGUUUAGCCAUUGAUGCUGUUCUGGAUACUUAGAACAAAAAUGGUCAAAUGCUUGGGAAUGGGUUUAGAAUCCUUACCUUAUUUAUAUUCACAUUUAUAAAUACAGCAGUUAUGUUGUGUAACACUUAGGGAAGUCAAGGAACACAUGCCAUAUCUCAUGCUGGCUUUUGCUUAUGCAAACCAGUUGUUUCUUUUUCCAAAGUGGCAUACUGCAUGGACUCUAGAUUUUAACCAAUUAGCAGAUAUUUUUAACAAUGAAUAUCUAAUACAAGCUAAUAUUCAAUUGAUAAUUACUAUAAUAGUUUGUGUAACUUCAUUUCACAAGCCAGAGUUUGGUCUGGACAAAAGCAGUUCUAUUAAUUGAUUGUUAUUUCUUUGUUUCAGCUCAGAAAAUAUCUAAUUCUAAAGCUACUGGGUUUGAGGCUCAGUAUUGUUUGAAAUGUUGCAGUACAAAAAAACAUGCAUUGAUUAUCUUGGUAGGUGCUAUGUAUCUGUGACUUGCCUCUCUUGGACAGAGAAAGCCCCAAGGAUGUUAUGGCUUAGGGCAGGUGGGAAAUGGAGAUGUGUACUGUAGCGCUGAUAAUGCAUUCUGCCCCUGGCAACUCUGUAUCAAAACUAGACGUGGCCUGGGCUGCUUUUAAGGAGGCAUGCAUGUCUAAUAAAUUAAUAAUGAAAUUAUUAGAUCAUUAACUGGGGGAAAAAAUACUAAUAUUGAAAUAUCUAUAGAAAGUGCUAUUGGGGUAGGUCCUGCAUCAGUUGAUCUGUGCUGUGUCUUCAGGCAUGUCCUAUUAAAUAAUGGCACAGUGCAACAGCAGAGAUAUGGUCACAGCGCCUCUUUUGCCCAGAGCUUCGGCAAGGCAUGGUCCUGUGAAAGGACACUGUGAAAAUAGCAUGGACAGCUUCAUUCAUUCAGUGGGGCAAGCAGUUGCUGUGGUAGUGCUAGAGAUCAGUAAAUUCUGGGCAGUCCUCAUCGUCAUUCCUAAGUCAAUCAGUGUAUUUCCAAAAGAAACUCUGCUCAUGUGAAAUGCAAGACAAAGCCUUCAGCUCAGAAAAACACUUCCCAGAGUGGUGGUAAGACACGUCCUUCACCCAAAAUAUGUGCAGCACAGGUAAUGUGUGGAGUGGAAUCGCUGGGAAAAUCCUUUCCCCUCAUCAGUAGACUGAAAGAUCCAGAGAAAUGAGGAUGCCUCAAUUCCAGUUGAAUAUGUGAAGAACUCUAAUGCUGCCUGUCAGUUCAGUAAAAAUAAAUCAAAUACAUCCCAUGAAUGCUUGUCAGAUGUGUGCAUUGCCUGGAAUCAAGUAGAACUUGUGGCUGCUCUAGUCCUGUUAUUAUCCCAGUAAUGGAAUGAAGGCUGAAAUUUGUAUUGUUUUGCAGAUUUGUGUACCUUUUACAGUGUAUCCACUCUAAAAAGUAAACCUCUAUCAAGGUGGGUGGGCUGACUUGCCAGGUUUGACAGAGCAAGGAUGUAGCUCAGGUCAUGCCUGCAGCCCACAGGGUAUACAGAAUACCAGCAAGUCAGCCUUUGCCUGUGAGGUGGCACCAAAAUAGGCAUUUAAAACAUCAGACACAUACCCCAGUUUCUUUCCAGGGGUUUUGCCUGAUGAGAAUAGGAUUCUCAAGCCAUAAUUGCACAGACUGCCAUGGCUACAAAAGACACUUGUUACAAAUGGAUUGUAGGCUUUGGGUCUUCGUUCAUGUUUUGUGCUUUUAUUCUGUGUCUUUUCCUGUGUAUUUUGCAGCUUUAGUUGGGUGCUGUCAGCAUUGGCAUGGGCUUGGUGCUGGCAUGAGUCCUGGUGAGAAAAAAAAGAAAAAGCAGAGUGGCUCUAAGGUAGGCAUUUGGCAGCACUUUCCCAAGAAUUUCUCCCUUGUCCAAUGCCUGGCUGAGGGAUCAAGGUCAGUUGCAUUUUCUACACUCUUCUGUAGAUAUGGCCCUGGGAGCUGCUCUUUGCCCACUGUGUGGAAGUACUACAUUGUGCAGUUUAAUGUGUAUGUGUUGAAAAGCAUAUAAAAUCUCAUAUCCCUUUGCUACACUGCAGUAAAAGACCUCAGAUUGUAUUCUGUGUGCUUCUGGGGCAUGGAAUUCCACAUCCAUGCCACCAUGCCUGCAUUCUGUCAUGGAUCUUCACCAGUAGGAACAGUAAGCAGGGUCCACCACACGUGCGACUGGACAUGGGUGUGUGAGGUUAUUAGAGGAUCUGCUAUCGGUCAGGCAUGGGAGUUUCAAAGUGACGUCCACCCUGUCUGCCAUCUGAAAUGCCAUUCUCUUGCUUAUAGCAGUGACAGAAUCGAAACAAAGUAUAAGUUGGCUCUUCUGAAAGUACACUGGAGCUUCGCUAGUGUCUUCAGCAAGAACAGAAUUGGGUUCUGACUGACAUCCUGGUUUGAAAAUAUGUAUCUAUUUGUCUGACUGAGCUGUACAGCAAAAAAGAAGCUGUGUGUGUCCCUCUUUCAAAGCACACACUGUCACCAAGUAGACUUUUAGGAACUAAUUGAGCACAAGGUGCAUUUCUUUUUCUCAUCCACAGCUAACUGGAAUUAUUCUGAAAGCAGGGCAGGAACCAAAGUUUCUCUCAGAGCAGGCAAAUGGCCUUUAUAGCUGUUGUAGACUCUGCUGCUAGGUAGGUUGGAUUUUGCUUUCUGAUACUGCUUGUCUGGAUUAAUAGAAGUUGUGAAAAAUAACAGGAAAAGAGGAUCAAGUGUAACCACUAUGAGAUAUUCUAGGGAUGUUUUCUAACACGUAACAGUGUCUUUUAUAACAUAAGUCAGAAACUGUAUUUAUGUUCAAAGUAUAAACUGAGAAAUACAUUUAAUAAAAAAGUGGUAAAAAUU